AUGACAACUUCCAUGGAUUAUAAUCUUUUAUCCAAUGAUCGUCAAACCAUGGACAACCUGGAAAAGCAGCUGAUCUGUCCGAUCUGUUUAGAAUUAUUCUCCAAACCAGUUGUUAUUCUUCCAUGUCAGCAUAACCUGUGUCGGAAGUGUGCAAAUGACAUGUUCCAGGCAUCCAAUCCAUACUGGUCAACCCGUGGCAGUUCCACAGUAGGAUCAGGGGGUCGAUUCCGCUGUCCUUCCUGUCGACAUGAAGUGAUUCUGGACAGACAUGGAGUUUAUGGUCUUCAAAGAAACCUACUUGUUGAAAAUAUUAUUGACUUAUACAAGCAAGAGUCAAUCAGUUUUGUUCGCAGACCCGAAAAGAAGACUGAACAACCCAUGUGUGAAGAACAUGAUGAUGAACGGAUCAACAUUUAUUGUAUGACGUGUGAAGUACCAACAUGCUCCAUGUGUAAAGUAUUUGGUGCUCAUAAAGACUGCGAGGUGGCUCCACUCAAUAAUAUUUAUAAAAGGCAAAAGUCUGAACUCAGUGAUGGGAUUUCAAUGCUGGUAGCAAGCAACGACCGAAUUCAGACAGUAAUUACUCAGAUGGAAGAAACAUGCAGAAAUAUUGAGACUAAUAGUGCCUGCCAAAAGGAACUGAUGUGUGAAAAAUUUGAUGGUCUGUAUGCAAUGCUGGAGGAAAGGAAAAAGGACAUGCUGCAAAUCAUCACUGUGGAACAGGAAGAAAAAACACAGCAUGUUCGCUCAUUGAUUAGAAAAUAUGGAGAACAUCUCGAGGGGGUAUCCAAGGUUAUUGAGACUGGAUUACAGUGUAUGGAGGAGCCUGAAAUAGCAGUCUUUCUGCAGAAUACAAAACCUCUUGUUAAAAAGAUUUCAGAAGCAUCGAAAAUAUCACACAUGGAAAAGAUAGAACGUGGCUUUGAAAAUAUGGAUCAUUUUUCAGCUGAAUUUACAAAGGAAGAAAGGGUGCUCAGGGAGAUUGACUUUCAGAAAUCUGAAGAGGAGACAGAGGAACUGGAAGGUGAAGCAGAAGAAGUGGAAGCAGAAGAAACUGAAGAGAUUCACACUGAAGUGGAACAGUCCCAACAACAGGAAGGUACUGCCGAAGCUAUGUCAUCACCUAUAUCUCCAGCAGAGCCAGUACCCACAAACACAGCUGCAUUGGCGGUAGAAGUGGAAAAUGAUUCAUUGCCAGCAGAUGCUGUUCAGCAGGCCACCGCUGAGAUGACUGUAUUGGAGCCUGGAACUCAGUUGCUACCAACAGCAGCAACAAUAACAGCAGCAGCAGAUCCUUUGCUUUACCCUGCUUGGCAUAAAGCUCGUUCAUUGGACAAGAUCAGCCCUAAUUUGAACCCAGUGGACAAGAGUUCAGGUGAUAAUAACGGUCAGAUUGGGUCAAGAGCUCCUGCUGAGAAAGAUGUAAAGAAGCUGGAAGUAGACCACAGUUCAGUUGGACAGGAAGUGGACACUAAUGAAGCCAGUUCAGCUGCAGCUCAAUCACAGACUGGUUCUGACAACUCGGCUCCAGUCCAAAAUGAAGAGCGCGGCGGAGGCGAAGCGAAGGAAGAUGAGACACCCCGCCAUGUCUUCUCCUUCUCCUGGUUAAACACACUGGCUAAAUAG